CUUUUCCUGCAAGCAUGAGGGUCAUGUGGCUUUUUAACCCAGCUAAUUACUUGGACUCGCCCAAGCACAAGGCUUAUUGGACUGUGGGCCAGAUUCCCAGCUGGAGGCUUGGCCAGAGCUAAGCUGAAGCUGCUUUACACCCACCCAGGAACAGGGCAGAAUGUUUUUUCCCCUGGUGGAAGUUUCCAUUGAGUUUUGGAUGCGUCCAUCUCAGGAUGUCCUUGCUGUGUAACCUCAGCUGAGAGCAGUUAAUGAUGGAUAUGGGUGGAAAAACCCAAGAAGGCAAAUAUUGUUUGGGUUGCAUGUGCUUCCUAUUACAUUAGUAAUUAUGGUUUGCUUUACACAUCUCAAGUUCCUGUCACAUGAUUGGCCCCAGGCAAGUUGCAGCAGGAUUGCUGCUGUAAAUCUCCUUCCCCAAACUAUUGGGUAAUUGGAUUACCGAAUGUCAGCCUGGUUUCAUCCUAAAGGUGGUUUGUUGCUGCUUGUGUAUGGGAGGAAGUGAUGUAUUGGAAAAGGUACACCUACGAGCAGUACAAGGAGACAGCUGAAUGGCUCCAGGCCAACACCAAAUUGCGGCCUCGCGUGGCUGUUAUCUGUGGUUCAGGCCUCGGGGGCCUGGCUGGUCUCCUGAAGGAUCAAGUGGUGAUCAAGUACACGGACAUCCCCAACUUCCCCCAGAGCACAGUCCUAGGUCAUGCAGGAAAGCUAGUCUUUGGGACUUUGUCUGGGACGCCCUGCGUGGUGAUGCAGGGUCGCUUCCAUAUGUACGAGGGAUAUCCCCUGUGGAAGGUGACGUUCCCGGUACGGAUCUUCCACUUGCUGGGGGUGGAGACACUAAUUGUCACCAAUGCAGCUGGUGGCCUCAACCCAGAAUAUAAUGUGGGGGACAUCAUGAUCAUCCUUGACCACAUUAACAUGCCAGGCUUGGCUGGGAUCAACCCCCUGGUGGGGCCCAAUGAGGAAAGGUUUGGGGUACGUUUCCCCCCCAUGUCAGAUGCCUAUGACAAGGACCUGCGGCGCCUGGCAUUAGCUGUGGCCAGGGACCUGGGCCAUGCCAAGGCUGUGCAUGAAGGGGUCUACUGCUCAGUUGGAGGACCCAGCUAUGAGACCAUCGCAGAGUGUCGCUUCUUGCAGCGUGUGGGGGCCGAUGCUGUGGGCAUGAGUACUGUCCCCGAGGUGAUUGUGGCACGGCACUGUGGCCUGCGCGUCUUUGGCUUCUCGCUCAUCACCAACAAGGCGGUGCUCGACUACACCAGCCAGGAGACAGCCAACCACACAGAGGUGCUGGAGGCCAGCUCUGGUAGUGCCAAGAUGCUGGAGAACAUUGUCUCCGAGCUGGUGCAGCGCAUUGAGAGCAACAACAACUUGGUGUAGGCAGGGGAUGCCGGUGCCCCCCUCCCUCUCCUGUCCAGGCACUGGAAUUCUCCAAAUCUUGUCUAAGCCUCCCCCUCCAGUGAACUGCUAGGCUGCCUCUGAGCACCAGAACCAGCCGUGGUUGAGGAUGUUCAUUCACUUUGGGGGACUGCAUUCUGGUCUCAUAGUCUGCCUGUCUCUUUCUCUGUCCUUAGUCAUUGUUAGUAGAUGAGCUUCCCAGUUCGUUCUGCCACUUGGAGACUUGUUUCGAUCUGGAAGCCUCCCAGAGUGCUGUUGUCUGUCUGUCCUUGGAGAAUCUGGUCUCUGCUCUGCUGAGCAGGUUGAUCUCCCCCCCAGGAUUUCCUUCUCCUGAGGCAUCCUCGUCACUAAUUGCACUGAUGGAUGCAUCCAGCCCAGGCAGGGGGCGAUUGGCCUUAAACACCUCAGUCACUCUAGCUGCUUCUUCCAGCGCAGAGGGAAAAAGCCCCCCGUUUUCAUCUCGGUGUCUCUCUCAUGUGCCUACUCACUCACGUCCCCCUCUGCUUCUCUCAGUCUUGGAGUCAUGCAGUGCCUUGCUGGGCACCUGUAUCUCUCCUGUCCAACCAGGAGUCUUAGCCCAAACCCCUCCCUGCCUUUGCAGCAAGCCUCCUCCUCGGGGCUCACCAGCGGGAACACAACCCGGGUGCUGCGGCACUAAGAAGCACUGGCUGCUCUCACGUGAGCUCAGUGCCAGUUUGCGUGUAUGGGAGGGCGGCAGUCUCCAUGGGCAUCUGGUGCUGCCCUGCUAGCGUCAUCUGAGUUGCAGGCAUUAGGAGGAUCUGGACUCCGGUCUUUCAGAAGCUGUUGCCUAUUGUGUGCAGAGUGCGUGAUGUGGGCAGGCUCUUUUGGGGUCAUGCAGCGCUCUCUCUCAGAGACAACUCUGCCUGAGG